CAGUUAUUCCACUCCAUCUCAAACUCCCCUCCCUUUUCAGUGCACUACUAAAUUACAGCAGUUGAAUGAAGCUUGGACUCUUUUCCUCGAAUCGGUUUGGUAUUUUUCCUCAGCUGAGACGAUCGGAAAGAUUCCUCCUGUGGGCUUGCAUCAUGGAGGUUAGCAGUCAGUCCAGCAGUCAGCAAGUUUUGUGGAAAGAUGUGGAAGCAGAAAAGCAAAAGAAGACCAGAUUUCACAACUACCACUGGAUGGCUCUGGUCUUGGCCGUGGUGUUUCUGGUGCUUGCUGUCUGUGUUUUCAGUCUGAGUUAUCUGUGGGGCCCCAGUCUGGGAAAGGUGUAUGACCAUGGGUUUAAAGCUGUGGUGGACGGUGAAGAGAUGAAGAGUGUGGUGGAGAUCAAACCAGACGACCUCACUGAGAUCCUUAGAAUGGGAAACGGCACUAAGGAGGUUGUGGAGGUGCAUGACUUUAAGAAUGGGAUCACUGGGAUAAGGUUUGCAGAACAUCAGAGGUGCUACAUCAGGACCCAAACUAAGGAACUACCCACGGUGACCGAGAUGAAGGCUGAGGACAGAGAGAUGCUGGUUGAUGAGUCCGAGGCCACGGAUAUGAAGGUGGAGGACCCCCGAGUGUGGGUACCUGCUGAGGAGCCCAUCGUUAACCUGGACUUCCUGCUUGACUCAAAGAUCUGGGAGAUUUGCCAGCAGCUGCCUAUCCACUGGAUCCAUCCCUCCCCGAUGACUGAUGGUGAGGUUCAGGAUGUGGACACACCUGAUGCGGAGGUCCCAGGUCAUCGUUUUACCCGGGACAUCCUGGAUCGCGCUCCUGUGAACGAUUAUAGGGAGGUGGGAAUCGAGCUGGAUAGCCAUUUAGAUGACCGUGGCUACUGCUGCCAGCACUGCCGACGUGGCUAUCGCUACUGCCGCCGCUACUUUGAGCCCCUGGGUGGCUACAACCCAUGGCCAUACUACUACCAAGGAGGCCGGGUCAUCUGUCACGUUGUGAUGCCCUGCAACUGGUGGAUCGCACGCAUGCUGGGGAGGAUCUGAUGUGUUGGAGCAGUUUGGGAUUCUGCUUUAUUUUUGUUGAUGAAUUUCUUUAAAAACAGCAUUUUUUAUUCAUUGAUUAUAUCAUCAGUUGCAUUAUUAGCAUUACAUAUUCUGUGCUACCAGAAAAAAUAAAUUGUCCUUGCUUUUUUGAAAUUAU